GUAUUAUAGUUCCUUUCAAGUGCUACUUCAUGUACUUUAGAAACUGUUUAAAAAGACCAGUUCUAUUUCCGUUCUUGUAUAGAAGGACUAUGUAAAUUUUGAUUAUUUUAACUUUCCGAUGAGAAUGCACGACGCCGAGGAAAGUACCGAUGACAAAGAUGAACGGACGAAUUUCGGUCCGGUCCCGGUGUCCGGAAAACCGUCAAAGACCUUAUUCACUAUGAUGGAAGAGGAGGCUGGAGGUGCUAGUCCUGAUCCAGCUGAUCUCGGCGACUACAACCAAGUAUUCGAGUACACAGAAAUAAACCACAAAGACUACCAUAGUUCUAACUUUCCAAGCCUUUUGUCAGACCUUGGACCAAGCGCUAAGCAUAAGCCAGGGACCAGUUCAAGCAAGAAAAAGCAGAAACAACAGAAAGAAGACAACAAUGAAAAAGGAAGACAUAAACACCGUAGAGAGACGCUUGUAUUCGGGGAGCAAAUGAAACGCUUGAAUGAGACUCGAUGGCUGAAGAUAGAGUCCGUGGCAAAGGAGAAAAUGGACUAUUACGACAGGUAUGUGUCCGAUAUGACCAUGAAGAUAAAACAACAACGAAAAAAGAUAAACCAAAGGGCUGAACAACUUUUAAGAUCUUUGGAACAACAAGAAGAACAGAAAAGAGCAGAUCGGCUGUUUGACUCACCGUAUGGCAGAAUAUGGCGUCACCACAGAGCAAUGCAACGAAGGGCUUAUAGCCUAGAACCUAUUCGACCAACCUAUUAGAGCAUAGACAAAAAUCAAUCCUAGAAAAAGACUUCUACCGUUAAAGAAAAAGACAAAGCGACAGCAGACGACGCUGAAAGCGGACAUGCAGACAUGUAACCGAUUACGGACAUACUUUAUUUCUCGUUAUAAUUACACUUUGACAAUGCAAACUUAAAAGUACAAUGUAAUACAUUAUCAUGUUUUUUUUUCAAUUUCUAUUUUUUACAAUACACUUAAUUUUAAGUGAACUAUACAAAUCUAAUA